UGUUUACAGUAAUAAAUUGAUAAAUUGUAUUUAUCGUAUAGAUUUCUAAUAAUAAAAUAUGAAAUAAUUUUUUUUCCCGUAAUAAAUGUAAAGUAAAGAAAUUAAUCUAACGUCAAAAUUAUAAAUAAUACAUGGUGUAUCUCAAGUCGUUUGAUAAAAUGUACAAUCAACAACAUUUAUCUUUACAUUCGAUUGAUACUUAUUUUGAACCUUUUUUAAAAAGUGUUUUAAAUAAAGAUAGAUUGGGAGUGGGAUGGGGUGUAAUAGAACUAGAUUCUAUAUUUUCUAGUUGUGGAAAAACAAAAGGAGAUAGUUUUAAAUUAUCAAUUCCUUAUGCUGGUCAGAAUCUUGUUUGGAAUGUACUAUUCGAUAGUCAAUAUCCUGAGUUAGGUCCUGAUUUUAUAUUUAGCGAUGAUACAUUUUUAAUGGAUCCAGAUAUUGAGAAUUUAUCAAAAUAUGUACCCAGUCUUGCUAAAUGGGAUUAUAAAAAUAAUAAUGCAUUAUUAAAAGUCAUUGUUGAACUUCUAUCCUACUAUAAAGAACAUCAAAUACAGUUAUUGAAAAGGCAAGGGGAACGUUUAAACUUAGAAUAUAAUAUGUUAAUAGAAACAGUAUCUGAAGAAGAUAUUGAAGUAAUUUUGUUACCAGUGGGUACAAAGCCAACAGAAGCUUAUUUUUCCAUACGCUUGGAUAUAGAUUUUUCUCAAUUACCUACUCGAAUCAAUCAAGCCCAGAAUGAUGCCGCUAUGCUCUUAGUUACAUUUUGUGGACAAGAUUGGAAUUGUGUUGCUCCAAAUCUUUAUUUAUCACAAAGUUUAGAAGAGACAUUUUCUGGUGCAGCAUCAUUGCAUAUACCUCCUUUUUUGCCCACUAGUUAUUUAACAGCUUAUAUACCAAAAGUAAAAGAACUUAUUAUGGAUAAGAUAAAUACAAUAAUUCAGUGUUAUGAAAGUAGAAAAAAAUUUGUAUCAGCUUUACUCUUAUUACAAAGGGAUUCUAUUAUUGAGUACGAUGCUAUUGAAUUUCACGAUAUCACUCUACUUUUAGAACAUAGAGAUUUUUACUUUUUGGUGCAUUUUCAUCUUACAUCAAAGUUUCCAAAGGAAAAACCAUCAAUAACAUUGCAAUCUGUUUAUCAUAUGACAGUACAAGGUAAUUUAUACAGCGAAGAGUUAAACAAUAACUACAAUUGGUCAACAAUUACAAAUAUUCAACGUUGGAAUCCGCGACAAAUGAUUAGUAAAAUAUUAUUGUAUAUUAUAGAAAAGGAAGUUCCUAAGUUUCAAGAAAAGUCUACUAAAAAUAACCGGUUUUAAUCAGUUGUUUGAUUAAAUAUACUUAUAUAUUAAUAUUUUAUGAUUUGUUAUCUAUAAGAAAUUAGUAUUUAUCUCUGUAAAAAAUGAUAUUCCUUUGUUUUAAUAAAAUAUGAUAAUCUUUUGUCAUUUUUAA